AUGCGCUCUAUUGCCAACUAGCUUGCCCUUGUUCAAAAUCUGAUCUCUGAAAAAGAUCUUGUUGUUCACAUGCUGAACACAGUUGGUCCGGACUAUGAUCAUAUUUCCUCUACAGCUCUCCUUCAUCCCUCGGCUAUCCCAUUCACCGAGUUGGGUGACAUCUUAAAGGAGCACGAGGCUAAACUUCAAGAAGUAGAUGAUGCCAAUGCAAACCUCACCAUUCAACAUGGUGGUUCAGAGCGCACCGGCCGUGUGAUGCUCACCCUAGUCAGUCCUCCAAUAAUUGGCGAGGCCGUGGGUUCCCAGGUAAGAGAAACCACGGUACCAAAGACCGAAGAUGAAUUUGAUGCCGAAGACAUCAAAAAGAUCAAAAACUAUGCAAAGGCCAUAAACAUGCUUUAUUGUGUCAUUAACCCCGACGACUACCGAAAGAUCUCUUGCUACUCAACCGCCAAAGAGAUGUGGGACAAGCUUAAAGUAACGUACGAAGGUACGAAUCAGGUACGGAAAGCAAAAAUUAACUUUCUCACCCAAGAGUAUGAGAUGUUCAAGAUGAAGGAAGGUGAGAAGAUCGAAGAUUUGUUCGAUCUCUUAUCUAAGAUCAUCAACGAUCUUCAUGCGCUGAAGAAAAGCUACUCCAACAACGAUCUAGUGAGGAAGAUCCUGCGAAGCUUGACUCCCGAAUGGUGCUCAAAGGCCGAUGCCAUUUACGAGUCAAUCGAAGUUUCCAAUGUCACUAUCGAUAGACUAAGAGGUAACCUCAAAACUUACAAAUCAACCAUACUUAACCCAUCUUUGGAUGAACAAAGGAAAAAGGGAAUAGCACUCAAAGCCACCAAGAAAUCGGUGGAAGGAGAAUCAAGCGAGGAGGAUAACGAGUUCACGCUUGUUAUCAAAAAGUUCAACAAAUUCACGAGGAAAGAAUUUGAGCGCAAAGGGAAGAAGCACGACGAUCCCCUGAAGUGCUAUGGAUACAACGUUACCCCUGCCGGACGCCGCAGCAUAGCCACCGGGAUUGCCGCACCGCCUGCCCGUGCCAACCUCGCCUCCAUCGCCGACUCCCUCAACCGUUUGCCUCUCAUGGUCGACGGGAUGGGUGGCUACCUUGAGCAGAUCGACGAGGCCGUUCAACGCCACGGGUACGCCAUGAACGCGUACUUCCAACACGUGAACUACGUCCCCCCAUCGUACCAAGCCACGUUCCUCGGCCAAGGGUACGGUGAAGACAAAGAGGGAGAUGCCAGCUACGCUCUGUCUAGCUCCCUAGAUGAGGACGAGUUCGACGAUGCUAUUGAUGGCGAUCCCAUGGACGUUGAGGACAAUGAGGAGGAUGAAAAUGGUGAAGACGAGGACUAGGCCACUGCUCCUAGAAUUUCUCUCUUUUAACUAUUUGUUAUCUUUUCUUUAAUUUAUGUAAUGCUUCCCUUGUACUCCGCAUUUCCCAAAAUUUAAUAAAUCUAUGUUUUAACUUUUUGUUAAUGUCAAAAGGAAAAAGAAAAGGGCUAUGCAUAU